UACAAUCACCCGUUAACAUUAGCAAUCACUAUACACCCAUAACUCCAACUAAAUUCUCACACUCUUUCUCUCUAAUGGAACAGUAGUGAUGAGCCCGAGUCGAUGAGUACAUCAAAUGUAAUAAAAGUAGGAACAAGUACAACCGUUUUCAUCCACCAAAAUUUAACCUAUGUAUAUAUAUUAACCAAACAUCCAUCGAUCUUACAUAUGUUACUCAUCACCAACCAUUCUUAUUUUCUCUCUAACAGAGUAAGUAAGCAUGGUACAAACGAAGAAGUUCAGAGGUGUCAGGCAACGCCAUUGGGGUUCUUGGGUCGCUGAGAUUCGUCAUCCUCUCUUGAAACGGAGGAUAUGGCUUGGGACGUUCGAGACUGCGGAGGAUGCAGCAAGAGCCUACGACGAGGCCGCCGUUUUAAUGAGCGGCCGCAACGCCAAGACCAACUUCCCUCUCAACAACAACAACACCGGAGACACGUCCGAGAGAAAAACCGACAUCUCAGCCUCCCCAUCAUCUUCAUCACUUUCUUCCAUCCUCAGCGCCAAACUGAGGAAAUGCUGCAAGUCUCCUUCCCCUUCUCUCACCUGCCUCCGUCUUGACACGGCCAGCUCUCACAUCGCGGUCUGGCAGAAACGUGCCGGUUCGAAAUCUGAUUCUGGUUGGGUCAUGACGCUGGAGCUCGGUACGUCCGGCUCCUCUCAGGAGCCAACUAGUACAGUUUCAAAAGAAGUUGUUGGUCCGGCCACUGACGUUGGCGACGGCGGAGAAGAGGGAUUGAUGGACGAGGAAGAGAAGGUUGCUUUGCAGAUGAUAGAGGAGCUUCUCAAUACAAACUAAGUAUCACUUGCUUAUAUAUAUAUACUAAUAUACGUAUUUUAUUGCCGAUAUACACCCAUAAUUAUCGUUUAUACCCUCAUAUUUUAUAUAUCGUGCUUAUAUUUGUUUCCCAUAUUUCCUCAUGUUGUGACCAAUAUAGUAUAUAACUACUGU